UUUUCUUUUUUUUUUUCUUUCAAGUUCGUCUCCGUCUCUCGUUCUUUCUCUGAUUUUCUGUAUUGUUCUCGUAUCACAAAAAAAAAAAAAACCAAAAACAAAAAUGGCGGCACAAAAGAAGGAAACGCUGCUACAGAAGCGAUUGCAAAGAAAAUGCUUAGGAUGCCAUUCAUAUUAUAUACCAAACGAUAAGGUGGAGAUUAACCCGUGGUGUGACGAUUGCCGAGCAACGGCCGGUCAUAAUAAGCGUCCCUUGAAUUCCAUGCUUUCAUCCCCCAUUUGCGCCAACUGUCAUGCCACCGCCACACCGUUGUGGCGAAGAGACGCCCAGGGCCAGACAAUUUGUAAUGCUUGUGGCCUGUACUAUAAACUGCAUCUUGUUCAUCGUCCUCCUAGCAUGAAACGCAGCGAGAUCAAACGUAGGAAGCGUUGUUCUAUGGAUAAAAAUCACAAGAGAAAACUAUCUGAAUCGGCGGUUCCUUCCUCAUCAUCUGCUAUUUCAACUACUUCUUCUGUCUGCUCUUCGUCUUCAUUAUCAUCAUGCUCAUCCUCUUCCUGCGGCUCUUCUGCAUCUUCAUCUGUAUCAAUGACAUCAUUAUCUCCGUCUUUGUCGCCUUUUCCCGCUUGUUGUUGCAAUCAUACUUUAGAAUACCGUCAAAGUUUGCAGCAUGAGGUGACGCGUCUAUCGGCUCUGUUAUCGAGCACCGCUUCCAUGUUAUCCAACGUUGAUAAAGCACUAAGCAACCCUGUGCCAGAGGAUCAGGAAUGUCACCAUUGCUCCAUCGACCGUCAAAUAGCUGAAUCACUGUUAUCUCUUGCUCAAUCGCCUCCGCCAAUGUCACCCGCCGCAUCGGUGUUCCAUCGUCUUCCACCUGUAUCAACGCUAUCUAUGUGUUAUGACAAAUAAACUUCCCCCACAAAACGUAAAAAAAAUAAAGCAUGCAACUGCUAUUUGUGU